GAGGGACGGAGAGGGAGAGAGGGAGAGAGUCCGGCCCGGCCCGGUUGCCCCUCCGGUCCCGCCAUGUCCGGGCUGGUGCUGCUCUACUCCGGGGUCUCCGGGGCCUUCUGGGCCUGCCUGCUCAUCGUCGGGAUCUGCUACACGAUAUUUGACCUGGGUUUCCGCUUCGAUGUGGCAUGGUUCCUGACAGAGACUUCACCCUUCAUGUGGUCUAAUCUGGGCAUCGGUCUGGCCAUCUCCCUCUCUGUGGUUGGGGCUGCUUGGGGCAUCUACAUCACCGGCUCCUCCAUCAUAGGGGGUGGGGUCAAGGCCCCCCGGAUCAAGACCAAGAAUCUGGUCAGCAUCAUUUUCUGCGAGGCUGUGGCCAUCUACGGGAUCAUCAUGGCUAUCGUCAUCAGCAACAUGGCAGAGCCCUUCAAAGCAACCACCCCAGAGACCAUCGGAGAACGCAACUACCACGCCGGUUACUCCAUGUUUGGUGCUGGCCUCACCGUGGGGCUGUCAAACCUCUUCUGCGGGGUCUGUGUGGGCAUCGUGGGCAGCGGGGCCGCCCUGGCCGACGCCCAGAAUGCCAGCCUGUUCGUCAAGAUUCUCAUCGUGGAGAUCUUUGGCAGUGCCAUCGGCCUCUUCGGUGUCAUCGUUGCCAUCCUGCAGACCUCUUCAGUAAAAAUGGGCGACUAGGUGUGGAGCGACCAGCAGGAGCGUACCUGCCCCAAAAGCCCGGGUGCCCUGUACAUAUUUAUUUAUGAUUUCCUGGGGAGGGCUGGGCCCGGCUGACCCCAGCCCUCCGCAUGGGAACCCGACUUCCUGGUGUAUACAACCCGUGUCCCCCCCCCCUACCAGUUGCUACCCACCCCCUACAGAGGCACCACCUAUGGCCGUGGUCCCCAGGGAGGGGUGGGGAAGGGAGGAGUUGGGGUGGGGGUGGGGUCUCUGCCUGCGUGUAUGGAAGCCAGUGCCCCAGCCCUGAUCUCAGUGUCUGUGAAAUAAACUUGGUGUUUGUCCCGGGCUACCUGAA